AUGAGUCACAGUCGAGUGAGCUGUCCAGCGUCCGCGACAAGGAAAACUACCGCGCUGUCGGCAAACCAUCGCCAGCGUCGGCGCGAGCAUGCAGAAGCUUUGCAGCGGGCGUCAAGUGACAGUCGCACAGCUAGGGAAUUCCAGCGACGUAUGAAGCACGCUGCAUUUGAGCACCGCGAGCGGAAGAUGGCGGUGCAGGCCUUGCAAGCGCGUAUCCAGCGGGAUAUUCAAUUCCUGACUGCAACUGCUGCGGAUCUAGAGAAACGGGAAUUUCUCCUCGACGACGCGUUUGAGAGCUACGAGCACGCGUUGCGUCUGGAGCUCGGUCUAACUGACAGCGCGUGCUCCUCUAGCAAGCAGAAGCAAGGUGGAGCGAGUCCGGACGCUCGUACUAAAUUAAUGGGGAAGCGUGCAUGCCUAAUAUCUUCAAAAUGA